AUGGCCGGACAGCUGCACAUGGCCGGGCUGGACCUCUCCGCCGACGACGAUGCUCGCUGGGCCUAUGCCGCCGCACUGCGCAAAACCGUCACGGUGCUGCAGUACGCCUAUCCCAUCUUUAUGCUCGUCUUCUUCCUGGCCGCCUUCACCACCCGCAGCAUUGCCGCCUCUAAUUCUAAUGCUAAUAUCGCCAAACCCACCACCACCGGCCCUGGAGGCAAGCCGCUGCCCGCAACCGACCCGACUCGCAACUUUGUGAAGAGACCCGUCCACGACGACGUCACGCACACGCAGAAGCGCGUCUUCGAAUGGGUCUCCUUUGCCACGGCCCUGACCUUCAUCGGCAACUCAGUCCUGGUCAUUGCCCACUCGCUGGUCAUGAAGAAGGAGCACUGGUGGGCCGGCAAGUCGGUCGUGAUCUACCUUGUGGGCUCCUUCUUCGUCUACUGCCUGUUCCUCAUCUCACUGGUCGACUCGAAGCCCUCGCCAACGGGGGCUCAUCUGGCGACCUGGGCCGCCGCAACUGUCCUCGAAGUCAUCCUCGUCGCCCUGUCCUUUGCAAUCUACACGCAUGCACACAAGGAGCCCACGGCCGGCCGCCCCAGCACGAGGCUGCGCUUCCACAUGACCGAUUGGGAGGCUGCCGAGGUUGCCAUGGACCUGCUCCGUAUCGUGCUGCUGCUCUCUCUCAUUGGAUUCUACAUCGUCUUUGCGGUGAUGCCACAGCGAAAGCGCUCUGAAGAGGCGGGAAGCUCCACGGAGACUACGUCCUUAUUGGGCAAUGGCGCGGAUCGAAAUGGCCACGCGGAGAACGGUCACGCGAACGGCUCCUAUGGCUCGACUCAGCCCGUCGGUGGCAAACACCAGCACACCGAGGGCGCACCUCCAGCCUGGAGCAGACCCACGGGCGCACCUGCACGCAGCUGGUGGGAGUACAUCAAAGGCUACCAUGUCUUUUUUCCCUACCUGUGGCCGUCCAAGGACCGUAAGCUGCAGAUUGUCGUUGUACUCUGCUUUCUGCUUGUCCUAGCGCAGCGCGUAGUCAAUUUGCUCGUCCCAGACCAGAUGGGACACAUUGUGGACCGUCUCGCGCACAAGGAAGAAGGCAGCCCAUGGACCGCCAUCAUCAUCUACAUUUCGUUCCGCUUUUUGCAGGGCAGCAACGGUGUACUUGGCGCAAUGCGGUCUGCACUGUGGAUUCCCGUGUCUCAGUACUCGUAUCGCGAAUUAUCCGUUGCGGCAUUUGAGCACGUGCACAGCCUCAGCCUCGAUUUCCACCUUGGCAAAAAAACGGGCGAGGUCUUGUCUGCACUCGGAAAAGGCAGCUCCAUCAACACCUUCCUGGAGCAGGUGACCUUCCAAGUCGUGCCCAUGCUGAUCGACCUGGCUGUCGCCAUUGGCUACUUCCUGUACAAGUUUGACGCUUACUAUGCGCUUGUGAUCGCCAUUGUCACGUUUUGGUACAUUUAUCUGACUAUUCGUAUGGCGCAGUGGCGUGCUGAGAUUCGUCGCGAAAUGGUCAAUGCCGACAGGGAAGAAGAUGCGGUCAAAAACGACUCCAUGGUCUCCUACGAAACAGUGAAGUAUUUCAACGCCGAAGCUUACGAAUUUAACCGCUACCGUGAAGCUGUGCAGAAGUACCAAAACGCCGAGUACAAGGUCAUGUUCUCGCUCAACAUCAUGAACAUUACUCAAAACAUGGUUUUCAUGACCGGUUUACUUGUGACCUGCUUCAUAGCAGCGUGGCAAGUUGCAAAUGGCGAACAGGAAGUCGGCAAAUUUGUUGUCCUCAUUACCUACAUGGGCCAACUUCAGAGUCCGCUCAAUUUCUUCGGGACUUUCUACAGGAUGAUUCAGUCGGCUAUGAUCAACUCUGAGCGUAUGCUCGAGCUCUUCAAAGAGCAACCUACCGUGGUUGACAAGGAGGAUGCGGCGGAGCUACCAUCGUGCGAGGGCCAACUCCGAUUCCAGGACGUCCACUUUUCCUACGACCAGCGUAAGCCCGCAUUGACGGGUCUCGACUUCUACUGCACGCCAGGCACCACAACUGCCUUCGUCGGCGAGUCCGGUGGUGGCAAGUCGACUAUUUUCCGCCUCCUCUACAGGUUCUACAACACCCUUUCCGGCAGUAUCCAGGUUGAUGGCCACGAUGUCGAAGACCUCACGAUUGACUCUGUUCGCCGCCACAUUGGUGUAGUUCCUCAGGACACGGUCCUUUUCAACGAGACUUUGAUGUAUAACCUCAAAUAUGCCAAUCCGGAGGCGACCGACGAACAGGUCUACGAAGCAUGUAGAGCCGCCAGCAUUCAUGACAAGAUCAUGACGUUCCCAGACAAGUACGAGACUAAGGUCGGUGAGCGUGGCCUGCGCCUCUCCGGAGGUGAGAAGCAGCGUGUGGCUAUUGCUCGCACCAUCCUGAAGAAUCCUCGCAUCAUUAUGCUUGACGAAGCUACAGCGGCCCUCGACACCGAAACAGAACAGCACAUCCAGGAAGCGUUUACCUCAUUAGCGCAAGGACGCACCAUGCUUAUCAUUGCUCAUCGGCUCAGUACCAUUACUCACGCUGAUCAGAUUCUCGUCUUGCACAAAGGACGAGUUCAAGAACGCGGCACUCACGAAGAGCUCCUGGAGAGGAAUGGCCACUAUGCAGCAAUGUGGAAGAAGCAGAUUCGUGCUCAGCGAGCAGCCGAACAGGCCAAGGUGCUGAAGGACAAAGCAGACCGCCUGCGCCGCGAGUCCAAGGAUGGUAACAUUCGCCUCGAUGACGGAAGCAGCAGCCACUCCAACUCGUCAUCCGACGACGAAAGGAACAAGAAGACCAAAUCCGCACAGACCUCGAGCUCUUACCGCGAAGAAGGCUCUGGCAAACCUCAUGGACACCCAUAG